UUUGUUUUAUAAUUUAACUACUUACAGUAUAAUUGUAAAUAAACUUAUAGAUUUAUCAAAAAAACCAGUGUCAAUUAAAAAUUUAGUUACGAUUCGAUAUAAUUUUAAAAAAAAAUAUUAAUAGUGUGCACCACGUAAGAAUAACAUAAAAAAGCCAUUAAGGCACUUAAUGCAAAAUAAAGUGCUUUGUCAAGAAAAACUGAUCAAUUACCAACAAAACUUGGAGGGAAAUGAUCUCAGAUGAAGAAUGCUGUUAGUUUCUUAGCAGGAGUUCUCGACACCCUUGAGUUUUAGGUGGGAAAAACAGUUUAUAAAAGCUUCUGAUAUUGAAUUUCUCUCUUCACUCAUCAUUCGAAUUUUGAUUUCACAACUGGGAAUUGCAAAAUUUUUCUCUAAAAGAAAUCAAGAAAAAAAAUUUCCCUUCCUUUUUGGAGAGAGAGAUAAAAAAGUUUUCUUAAUAAUGAUCAAAAUUAUUAUGUACAUCCUAACGAUAACGUCAAUUUGUAAAAUUUGUGUCAACAGUCAAAUUGAAAGCGAGGAAAAUUGUGAAACACUCCAAUCGGAAAUACACAUUGCAAAAGACGAAAAAGACGAAACGGGAGGAUUAAUAAGAACAUGCAGUACCGAUAUUUUAGUAACAAAAUGUGAAGGUUCGUGUAAUUCCCAAGUACAACCGAGCGUUAAGACAAGUACCGGAUUUCUAAAGGAAUGUUUCUGCUGUAGAGAAAGUUAUUUAAAGGAACGGCUUAUACUUUUAGAUCAUUGUUAUGAUGUAGAUGGAGUUCGACUUGAAGGUGAAAUACUUGGAACAAUGGAGAUAAAAUUAAGGGAACCAGCUGAAUGUAAAUGCACCAAGUGUGGUGUCGAUGAAUGUCAAAUCACCCGGGUUAUUCACGUGCUGCAGUAUCCAGGAUGUGUUCCGAAACCGAUUCCCAGUUUUGCUUGCACUGGACGCUGUAGUAGUUAUGUGCAGGUGUCUGGAUCGAAAAUUUGGCAAAUGGAGAGAAGUUGCAUGUGUUGUCAAGAAAGCGGUGAAAGAGAGGCGAGCGUUUCACUUUUUUGCCCAAAAGCAAAGCCCGGUGAGCGUAAAUUCAGAAAGGUAGCAACGAAAGCACCCAUUGAAUGCAUGUGUCGACCAUGUACAGGAGUCGAAGAAUAUUCAAUAGUUCCACAGGAAAUUGCAGGAUUUUCUGAAGAAGGACCACUCACGACUUCUGCACACUUUAGAAGGUCUUCGGGCUUACAAUAAAAUUAAUUGCAAAAU